AUGUUGAUGACAGGCACAUCGGGACCAAGUGCCUCGAAUAUCACCGAAAUCUCAACACAAACUCGCAGUUGUCAAAAGUGCAAUCAGCGGAAAACGCGCUGCAGCAAGACUCGGCCAUGCACUAGCUGUGUCAAGCUAGGGAUAGAAUGCAUCUUUCCACCCCCAGGCCGUGCACCACGGAGGAAAAAACGGGCAUUGAAAGCGGAGCUUGUCUCCAAAGUCAAGUCCCUUGAACAGAAAGUCCGGGAGCUUGAAGAUGAAAGAAAUUCUCCCCAGUCGGAUCCUGGUGUACAUGAGGAGCCCUCAUCUAUCGAGUCCAAUGCUCGACCUUCGGUAGCCCGGACCCAACAGGCGAGUCGUCCACCGGUCUUAGCUCGAGAUGAAUUAGAAGGCAGAUUUGGCAAGCUCGUAGUAGAGGAGGGCUCUAGUCGAUACGUGAGUCAUGAGGCACUUGCUAGCUUCCGAACCGAGUAUGGCAAGAUUAGCACACAAAGUAAGCCUGGCGCUUCAGCAUCAUCAGAGCCUCAUGAUCUUAGAUCAUCUGAAGGAAACAAUUCAAAUUCGUUUUUGUUCGGAUACCGAGCUUUGGCCCACUCACUACGCGACCUAUAUCCAACGCCGCUCGCCAGCCAGGCGUUGUGGGCUGCGUACGAGAAGAAUGUCGCACCACUGAUAUUGAUCCUUCACAAGCCCACAAUUAGAAAUCUGGUCAGAAAGGCUGCAACAAACGGAGAGUUUCUCGACGCAACCUCCGACGCGCUUGUAUUCGCUGUCUACUUCGCAGCCGUCAUGAGCAUGAAGCCCGACGAAUGCCAGGUCCAAUUGGGGGUGGAUCGCCAAUAUGCAAUACAACACUACCGCUUCGCAGCUGAGCAGGCCCUAUCAAGAGCUGAUUUCCUACAUGCACGCUGUCUAUCAGUUCUGCAAGCCGCUGUUCUUUUUCUGAUUGUCGCGUGGCGAUGCGACGAUGUGCGUUUUGUCUGGGCUAUGACGGCCUUGGUUUACAGACUCGCGCAAGGGCUGGGCUUGCACCGCGACGGUGAAAAACUCGGACUAGGUCCUUUUGAAACGGAAAUACGGCGACGGCUCUGGUGGUACAUAUACUUGCUUGAUUCGCAAACUUCCGAGCACCAAGCAAUGAGCCCGCAGAUCUAUGAAGGAACCUACGACACCGAGUUUCCGCUCAACAUCAACGAUGACGAUCUAUCUCCAGAGGCAACUGAUAGGUUUAAAGGCAGAGAUGGCUUUACCGAAAUGACAUUUUGUUUGAUUAGAUGUGAGAUCAAUGUGCGAUAUCGCCGCAUCCUGAAAGGCAGCAUGCCAGGCCUUGGGCCUACACGACGAUCUGUCGAGGAUAUAACUCACGCACUGACGGAUAUGAGCACAUUCAUUGAGAACAAGCGCCUGCAACUCUGUGAUCUAAGCGUUCCAAUUCAAUGGGUCGCUGCUACCGUAACACGAAUCGCUUUAGCUCGAUCAUGGCUAGUAGCCCACCUUUCCCUCAUUGGAUCUGACGACUUGAGCUCGGAUCUAUGGCAGCAACGCCGUGAGUUACUCUUCCAAACAGCCAUCGAGGUCCUCGAAUUCACCCAUUUACUCGAAAGUAGCGAUGAAACAGCUCACUGGUCCUGGAUGUUCGAGAUGUAUCGGCAAUGGCAUGCAUUUGCCUUUGUUCUGUCUGAGCUUUGCGUGCGCCCAUCUCAAGAGACCGAUCGUGCAUGGAUGAUUGCAAACUUGAUGUUCCAGCGGUGGCAGCAGGAUGGGCCACCACAGGGAUGGGUGCUUUGGAAGCCACUAUCUCGACUUAUGCAACGCGUCACUGUCAAGCGUGCCGGCGAAAUAGUUACAGAUAGAGCAAACAAAUAG